AUGUUUGAAUCCGGUGCAGUGUUCCAACCGGGCUCGGACGUUCGAAUUCGAUCAGAUGAUCAGAUGAGAUUAGAAAAUAGAAUCAGACGAUGCCACGUCGACAUCUGUUUCCCAGCAAGGCGGCUUUUGAAGGGACAAUCAGCAAACUGCAAUCUUCAACAUUCAAUUCCGGAAAAAGAGAUCUCUGUGAGAACUGCCGUUAGAGCAUCGAUGACGGGAAGUCAUCGCCAUGCUCACUGCAUGUGUCUGGGCAGAUACACCACGAAUCGAUGUGCAUGC